UGGGAAAAUACAACGGUAAAAGGAAAAGGAGCGGAGCCAAAAACCGGAACUUGUGCAGAUUUUAUUGUGGUGGGUUUGACAGCUGUUGGCUGGUUGAGUAGGGUUUGACAGUAGCUUGGUUUUGUAUCGCAUGUCAGUUCGAAUACUCAGUAAGUUACUUUAAGUUUGAGAAGGAGCUUAAGUGACAAGUAGUAAAAUUUACUAGACGACAUUUUACUCCUAACCGUCCCUAUGGCGUCUGUUCAGAGUGUGGCGUCUGGGUUCUCUCUGGACCUGGGGCCACUGAAAGAACCUCUCGGAUUUAUUCGUGUCUUAGAAUGGGUCUUUGCUAUCUUUGCGUUUGCCACCACUGGAGGUUACUCUGGAAAAACCACCAUAAAGGUCAUCUGUCAACCACCAUUAAGUUCGCCUGAUGUCACAGCUGUGUUUGGCUACCCGUUCAGAUUGGGAGCGCAUCCAUAUAAUAUUUCUUGUAACAACACUCAAGGCCUCAGCUACCUCCAGGGUGACUACUCCUCCUCUGCAGAGUUCUAUGUCUGCGUUGGUGUGUUUGGGUUCCUUUACUGCACGGCUUCUCUGAUCCUCUACUUGGGCUACCAGAGUGUCUACCGUCACACCAGCCGUGGCCCCAUCAUUGACCUGGUGGUGACUGUGCUCUUUGCCUUCCUGUGGCUCCUGUCCUCCUCAGCGUGGGGCAAAGGCCUGACGGAUGUCAAGUGGGCCACCAACCCCACCAACAUAGCAUCGACAUGUAAACAUUGUGAAGCCGGAGAGUUUCCGUCCAUGGGUCGCCUGAAUGCUUCAGUGAUUUUUGGCUUUCUCAACUUGAUCCUGUGGGCAGGAAACUGCUGGUUUAUUUACAAGGAGACCCGUUUCCACAAAGAUCCCAACCAUGUAGCCACGGUGGAGGAAGGCGGCGCCCCAGGGCCGUAACCCCGUCCCCAGCAGCCUUAAGCUCCGGUCGGCUCUUAUGUUAGCCUGCUGAAAUGGAAACAAAGGAAGGCCGACCGCCAUUUAUUUUCUGUUCAGCCCCACCACGUAGCUUAAGGUUUGAUUUUUCUCCAGACAGCUCUUGUUGUCAAGUCGUUAAAAACACUAAGUGCAGACCCAAACUUUAAAUGCUUUCACACUGUUUAACCUGGAAUUUCCAGUUGGUUCGAUUUGGUUGAAAUGUGCAACUUUAUGGAUUUCGGUGAAGCUGACUAAACCAGACAACCAAUGCUCUAAACUGCUGAGACACACUAAAAAAAUUUGUUUUUUUUGUAUGUCUUUUUUUUUUGUUUUUUUAGAAUAUCAGCUGUAUGUUUUACGCCAAAGUUCUCUUUUUUUAAUUUUUUUAUUUCAGCCUAGAAAGCAAACCUUUCUAAAGUGUCUUUGGAACAAUUUUGUGUUUUUGUUGUUUGUUUUCCGUUGAACUCCAGAUCCAGGCAGACUGGACUGGUUUUCAUGAGCUCACAGUGGAGGUGAACCAUCAGGGCAAACUGGGUUUAUUUCCUGUAAUGAAAUGUUGAACCUGUUCAGUAACACUAAGAGUCAUCUUCAUUUGAACCAAAAUGUGCCUUACUGUGAUAUUAUUUAUAUGCAGUUCAUGUAAAUCUUUGUCAACACUAAUCGGUUUGCUGCACUUUUUUUAAGUUUCCUUUCUACUUUCUCUGAAGAAAAAAGUUCCGUAGGCAGCUUCUCUGUGACUACUUUUAUUUCCUUCUCCUCUUUUUUUCUGUCCAGUUUAAAUCCUUGGCUAAGCAUGUUUAGUCUAAUUGUCAGAUUUAAAAUCCCAAACAUGCUUGACAGGCAAAGGUCAGUCUCUGUUUAAGUAGCCAGCUAUGAACUGUAACCAGACAGGCACAGCCAUCGAUAAUGUUUUGGUUUCUGAUUCUUGACAGAAUAAAUUCUUGCAUUGUACCAGGAAUGAAUGUACCUGUGCAGAGGGAAUAUUGGUUGACAUGUUUUAAACACUACCAAGGGCAAUAUGUCAUAUUGAAGAUGAUUGAUUUAUACCCUCAGCAUCAGUUUUAAAGAUUUACUCAGACAUAAUGAUGUAUUGUGUCUUCGUCUAUAGGAUUAUUGACAAUGAAACGUAAUGUUUUUAUGCCUCAUUUGUGCAGAAGGAAGAACUUGUUUUUCUGUAUUGACACAAUAAAUAUGAGAGCUGCGCAA